UUUCAUGUGCGAAGCCUUUAAUGCUCAAUGCACACAGCACGUGUCAACGCGUUAUGCGUGGCGAGGUAGCCAAUCAUUCUUUUGCUUUCUUAUUUCUUUCCAUAAAAGCAAAAAAAUGAUUGGCUAUCCGCCAUGCGUAACGCGUUGACGCGUCCUGUGUGCAUUGAGCCUUAAGAGUUUGCAUAGCAUAUGUUCUGUGAGAGUUUGUCGGCAGCAUUAACUGGCAUUAACUUUUCUUUAGUUUCAAUUCACGUGAGAUUAAAGUAACACAAGGCUGAAAAAUGUCUAGCGUGGAUUGGGAAGAGGUUAAGCGGCUGGCUGCUGAUUUUCAAAAAGCACAACUCAGUUCGUCUUUACAAAGACUCUCUGAGCGAAACUGUAUAGAGAUUAUAACAACAUUGGUAGAAAACAAGUUACUGGAUAUUAUAUUUACCAAUGAUGGUAAAGAAUACGUUACACCUCAGCAUCUUGGAAAGGAAAUCAAAGACGAGUUGUACAUUCACGGUGGGAAAAUCAGUUUGGUCGACCUGGCACAAAUUCUCAAUGUCAAUCUAUCACAAGUGACUAAAGUAGUAACAGAGAUCGAGAAGCACAACAAAGGAUUGAAAGUAAUAUUGGGACAGCUUAUUGACAAGAGUUACAUUAGUAAAAUUGCGGAAGAGAUAAACGAUAAACUCAUACAACACGGCUGUAUUAACGUGGCUGAAUUAACGCUCACAUACAAUCUACCAGCUGAUUUUCUACAAUCAGUUGUCGAGAAAGAACUUGGGAAGAAUAUACACGCCAUCCAAGACUCUCAAGAUCUCAAAGUUUUUUAUACCGAGAGUUUUAUUAGUAGAAAUAAAGCAAAAAUUAAAGGCGCCUUGUUUGCUGUCACGAAACCUACGCCAUUAUCUGCAAUAUUGGGACAGUGUAGCGUACCAGAAAGAAUAUUUUUAUCAAUUCUGGACAGUUUACAAGAAGUAAAACAGGUGCCAGGAAUCAUAACUGGGAAACAGACUGGAAAUGGCAUUUAUAUACCUACUAUAUAUUCCAAAAGUCAAAACGAGUGGGUUGAAAAUUUUUACAAGCAGAACGGAUACUUGGAAUAUGACACUCUUACAAGACUUGGAAUAUUGGACCCAUCAAACUUUAUAAAACGUCAUUUUCCGAACGAAAACAUAGUUUUCCUAAAGUCAGUGGCUGUAGGAACAGUGAUAAUAGAUCAAGUUGACGCCAAUAUCGAAGAAGUAGUUGCGACCGGAUCUUUUGUUGAUCUGUACCCCCUUUUACCAUCUGUAUUCAGCGAUGAAGAUGCAGAACUUCUUCUCAAAUUAGCUACAAAAAAGACAAGAGCCAAUGUGCAUAUAUUCGCAAAGACAGUUGUAGUCUCCGAGGCGUUUUUACAGAUUUUAACUAAAUCCCUUGAAGCGGUAACGGAGCAGAAAACUCGAGACAUGGUACUUAGCGGAAAGUGGAUUCAAUCUAUCACUGAAAAUAAAUUGAAAUUCAAAUCUGUAGAUUCCAUUAUCGAAAAUAAAGUGAAUAAAAAGGAAGAACGAAGAAAAAAAGCGAAUGUUGGUAAAGCGGGCGGCGGUAGUCAGGGCAGAGAAACUAAAACAAAAUCUACAAAAAAGAAAUACCUUCAGGGAAAGAUACAAGAAAAUGACUCUGACGAAAACGAAUCGAGGCAGGCGACCGGAAAAGGUGAGUUUACCUUGAUAUCUGUGGAUGAAAUAAAGGCGGAAAUUAUGAAGAAUGAGAACGUAUCCGUUAUCGACGAAUUGGCGGAUCAAUUAGCAUAUUAUUUUCAACCGAAAUUGAAUAAGUUCGCAUUAUCAUUGGCGGAGCAAUUGGCGCAGUCCAAUAGAACCACAAAUCUGAGUGAAAUUGGCGAACGAUUGAACGUUUUAAUAACGAACAUUCGAAUGUUUGACAAAGGUAUUAAACAUCUAGACAAAGCGAAUCAAUCCUCGCUGAUUAAAUACCUGCUGAAGUCUCUAGGUCUCGAUUUUGUAACGAGUAUAUUUAAAUUGGCCGCUCAACAGAAUAUGCUGCAAGUAUCAGAAAAUCUCACGAUGGAAGCGAGGCAAAGACUACUACUUGAAUUACCCGCGGACGUUAAAGAGCCGUUAAAUGCUGUCCACAAGACGAUGGUAGGAGAUUCGGUAGAGGAUUUUUUGAACUGCGUCGACGGAGCAAUGGCGGCCUGUUGUCUGGUCUUAAAGAAGCAUGAUAAGAAGAAAGAACGAUCACAAGUGCAUGCUCACAGAGAGGCUUUAUUGGAUGAGCUAAAUGCUACGCAAGACCCCGCGUUGAUGCUGCACCUAGUUACAAGUGUGCUUUUUACCGCUGUCACGCAGAAUGCCUUGCAUAUGUCCGGUAGACAUGUAACAACCGUUCUUGCGUUUCUUCAACAGCAGCUGGAACCCAAUACAGUGUCGACUCUUUCCAAAUACCACGAUUUAGUACUCAAUUUACUAAGCGCUCCUGAUGAAAGUAUAAAACUGGAAGCAUCUAAGGCCUUGGAAGAAGGAUUAGUGGACAUAAAAAAUAUUGCGAACAAUUUUAAGCAACAUGUGAAAAUGGACAAAUCUUGAGAGGAAUUAUAAAAAUGGCUGCAUAAUAUGAUAUAAUAUAAUUUAGACCCAUUUUACGCAAACUUUAUAUAAUAUUAUAUAUAAUUAUAUAUAAACAUUAUAUAAUAUUAUAUUAUACACACACACACGCACACACACACACACACACACACACACACACAGGGUGUAUCUUAAAAAGCGCCCACUAAUUAUAUAGUGUUAUUCCUUGCUAAAAAUCUUGAGAAAAGUCUUGAACCACGCUUAAUAAAGCAGUAAUUAUUGAGUAAAGCUAAUCCAAUCAGCACCAUCCUUUAGAUAGACAUACGUUGAUAAACCGCGCGCCUGAUAAUAUACGUGACCGCUCGCCGCUAUGUUGCUAGUUAUUUCUGCAACUUCGCACUGCCAAUACCGUACAAUAUUCUUACGCGUCGUAAUGAUGCGAAAAAUUUUAUUUUACAUUAAAAAUUAUACUUUUUCCGUUAAAAGCAUCUUCUUACGGAAAAUUUCGACAAGGAAUAGUACUCUCAUCAAAACAUAUAAAAUUGUACGUAAUGUUCACAUAAAAUACUAUAACUUUUUUUGUUUACAAAUUAUUUCAAAAUUGUUCUUUAUAAAAUCGAAACUCUGUGCGUCUUUUUAUAUGGAAUAGACAUUAUCUUUUGCUCGUUCUUUCUUAUUUAAAUUAUAUUUAUAAUGGGAACAGGUGUUCCUAUAUAAGUGGCCAUCCUCUUUUGCUUUUAGAUACACCCUCUACAGUACAUUGUAAAAAAUAUCGAAUAUAUGUUAACAAUUUCAAAAAAUUUAUUUAUGUUUUAUUGAUAUGUAAGGUGAGGCGUGUAACUUGAGACAUCCAAAUGUUUUGAGAAAUGGCAUCCUACAAUAAACUUGUUUUCAGAAUCAAA